AUGAAUCGUAUCCUGAUAAUUGGUCCGCCUAAAGUGGAUAUGGUCGAAUUUGUAAAAAGGGUUUUUGACCAAACACUGCCUAGUCUUCCGUCUGUUCCCAAAGGAGAACAGAAUGGUGUCAUUUGUGAAGGGCUGACAAUUGACAACAAAUAUUGUUGCAUUGAGAUCGACGUAUUCAUCGAUCAAACUGAAGACACAACACUCGAGUCAUAUGAUGAGUGCGUCAAAGAACUGAUGUCACCAGAAAUUCAGGAACUACGAGAAAAUGUACCGUUUAUUAUAUUUAUAUACCUUGAUAGUGAAGUAUUGGAAGCACACAAUCAAGCACUUUCGGAACUCGAGGAGCAAAUAAAACAUGAUUAUGUUCAUGCUAAUCAAGAUGCUGGGUUUGAGAAAAUACUGGUACACCGGUUGUUAUAUUCUGAAAGAAAUCUAGAGAAGCAAACCGAUGAACUGAGAGAAGAAAUUGUACUCUUUCCUUGGCCAGCCAUCACAAAGAAGACACAUGCUCCUCUAGGGGAGGCCAAUAAGACAAUAGACAAGGAUAGUCUUGACGAAAUGAGAUUGGACAGCUUAGAGAGGGAUAUGAACAUGCUCCGCACAGCCCGUGCUAAUCAUUUAUAUAGUGGUGAGAAAAAUCUUUCCGCUGAAGAGAAGGGCCUUGUUCAGAAGAUACUAGACACUCAUCUAGGAACUUAA